CAAGUGGUGCGCUAUGUGCCACAUACAUAGCUGUGUACACUAUAUAUAAACAAUAAUAGUAACAACAACAAACACAUUUCGUUGCCAAGGGAGAUGUGCCCACCAAAUUUAUGAGAGAACAUGUGGAUGCUUUUAUUAUACUCAACACAUUUGAUAGUGUGUGAAUGUGUGCAGUUUGGUGGUGUUUUUGUUUUCAUUCAUAUCUACAAAUGUAUGUCGUCUACCUUAACUGCAGACACAGUCGGUGUGCGAACGAAAUUUGACGUUUCGAGUGGAACAAGCUUGAAAACAAUCAAUGAAAGUGGAGAACCAAAAUAAAAAAAUUAUAAAUUUGUGUAGAAAUUGAAUGAAAGCGGUGAACGUUUUAAUAAAAUUUAAAAUAUUAUCCAACGAAUAGUGUAAAGAAUUCAUAAACAAAUAUGUGUCUUCGCUAAGAUACGCGAUUCUAUUGAAAGUGGCCGCAGCUGCGAACGCGACGCAAUAUUUGGAAUAAAUUUUUUCUUUUGUUAUUGUGGGCUCAUGCGAUUACGUUGCCAACGUAGCGGUGCACACUGAUAAGCAGCGUAUUUGUUUAUAUAGGGUGCAGCUCCCAUUCGAAAAACGCAAAAUGACACACCAAGAACCCCUAAAAAGUAAUGAAACGACUAUUUGGCAAGCGGAAGAGGACGCUGCUCCGCGUGCGCCUUCUAUGUGUGACGACAACCUGUUACCCGAGCUGCACAAUGAAAUUCUGAUGAAUAUCUUCUCCUAUUUGCCUUAUACCGACUUGACACAAGCGCGUUUGGUGUGUCGUCUUUGGAUGGAAGCCAUCGCUUAUACGAGAUUUUCGAAUAAAUUCUGUUUAUGCAUCAGGGAAGAUAAUGUUUCGGACAUUUCGAGACAGCUAAUAGAAGUGGGACAUUUUGCAACCGGCAUGAAGUAUAGUCACCUCAUAUAUGUAGGCGCUGAUGCCACGCAGAUUGAUGAACUGAUAUUGAUAUUUGAAAAAAUUGGUGAUCGCGUACGCAGCCUAAAAUUGAAGACUCUCAAUGGUUUUGAACGUGUUUAUAAAUGUUUUCCCAACCUUGAAAGGCUGACGUUGGAGAGUCUGUAUGUUUUCCCGACACAGUUACCAUUUGAGCUGAACGCGUUUGGGUGUUUGAAAGGCUUACACUUUGUGGAUGAUUCGGUGCGCCAAAACUCUUCUGAGGCUUUAUUGAAAAUUUGUGUACGCGAAGGGAGUGCUAUCCGGCUGGAAGAGUUGAGUAUACGUGUUUAUGCUGAGCAUGCAGAGCUCUUUCUGGCUGUAUUGCGUGAACAUGUUGAGACGUUGAAGAGUUUACAUGUGGUCUAUUUCGAAUCUAUAAACGAACCAUGUUUGUUGGUUAGGAAAUGGUUGGACGUCUUUGGCCAACUAAAGAGGCUGCAGAAAAUUAAGAUAUACGCUUGCAAUCCACACAUUUUCGAGGGCACGCUCAAGUGCUUGGAAGGCUUACCGUUGCGUUACCUAGAAGUGGAUUGCUUGCGUCCAGUAAAUCCGAACAUCUUUAAACUGCUUGAAUCGUGCUCGAAAACACUGGAACAUCUGGCCUUUUUCAAUUUCUACUUACCCAAAUACAUAGUGGGUAUGCAUACAAUAAGUCAGUGUUGUCAUAAUUUGAAAAAACUCAUAUUGAGUUAUACGCGUCUACUCGAGGAGGAUGAGCUGUGCAAUAUAGCGUGUAACCUCGUGAAUUUGGAAGUUUUAGUGUUGAGAUAUUGCAAGAGUGCGGUCACAAAUAAAUCACUGGCCGCUAUUUUUCAACAUCUCACACGUUUGCGGGAACUGGACUUGAGUGGCAAUAAUGAUUUUAAUCUCACGGCACUCACCGGCACCGCCGAUAAUCUCUAUCCCAUACGACGUCUACAAAGAUUGGAAAAAUUAAAUUUAAAAUCCUGCCAACAACUGGCAAACGAUGAGUUUUUGGUGACUUUGAAAUUUCCCUUUUUGCGUAGUCUACGAUUUGGGCGUGGCAUUUAUACCGAUUAUGGCAUACAAACUCUGGUAGAACAGUGUCCACUUUUAGAAGAAUUAAUCAUCACUUAUUGCCCAACUUUGGGACGAAAUGCGCUUUUCUGCAUUGCAAAAGCUUUUCCACGCCUACGCACAUUACACUUAUUGCAUUGCGCACAAGUUGACAAAUCAGUAAGAUUGAGUUUGUACGAAGAGUGCCCGUUACUGACGGACCUAGAAAUUUCGGAAAAGCGUAUAAAAUCGAAAAUGUACUUUCUCCGUUAAUUAUGUAGAUGAGGAGUUGUAAGAAAUGAUCCUAGGGAUUUCUGUUGUCAGUUUUGAUUACCGACGCAAUCAAUUAUAGGUUAGGUUAGAGUUUUAGAUACCUGAAAAUUGCAAUAUACAUAUAUAGCGUACACAAAUGUAUUUUAUAAUUAAAAUUAGGUACUCCAUCGAAGUGAUGUCGAGUGCAUGUCUUAAAUAUAUACUCGUACAUAUGUACAAUAUAUAUACCCCCGUAAAUAUCUGUUUAGUAUUGAGUUUGAUCCAAUACAAGACUUUUAAUGUAGUUUUACAUCAUAUAUGUGUAGUAAAAAGUAAUCCAUUAUUAUUGUAGUUUAUGGCUUUAGUUAUCUGUAUAUUGCUUACUAUAAAUGCUAUUGGAUUAUGCUAACUAGAUUAAGCGUUAGAAAAAUGAUAUUUUGUAUGAGAAAACGAGAAAAGUGUUGAUCACUUAACUCUUCAAUGUCUGAGCAGAUGCCAAAGAUUGACGCCAGCAAAGAGAAAUAAUGGUAAUCGUCGAGUCUGACCGUCAUGCGAGACGGUUUCGAUUGCUCAAAAGCCAAAAAUUACACCAAAAACAGUUUCGAACCACUCGAAGAAACCUGGUUACACAAUUAAGCUCGAUGUAUGGGUGUCACAUGAGUUAAAGAGGAAAUUCAUUUGUAAAUCGCUUCAGAAUCGUAAAAAAUUCGACACAUUUCCGAAGCGGAUUAUAACUGGUGACAGCUCCAGCAUAAACGGUCUCCAGGCCAGAAUUGACGGUCAGAAAGGAUUUGUUGUGUGUUCGAUGGGAUUGGUAUAAAAUAAUCCACUAGGAGAAGUUCCUCUAAGGCCAAACUCUUAAUUUCUUAGAUGUACUGUCAGCAGUUGGACCACCUGAAGGAAGCAAUGCCCAGGAGCGUCUAGCUUUGGACAACAGGAGAGGGUUUGUGUUUCGUUAGGAUAACGCCAAGUCGUACCAAGGGAUGAUCAUAUGUUGCUAUUCUAUCUAUGGCAAAUGAUUUGGCUGGUAAAGCAUCCUUUCAAUUUUUUUUCCAAUAAGGACAGGCUUUCUAUGAGA